AUGUUUCCCAAGAUACUUCUAAAUACCAAGAUCAUUUUGGGAAAAGCCGAGAUAACCAAGCCAACAUUAAGUAUUGCUAUUAAGGAAAACACUUAUCGAGAAUUAAAGAGUAAAAUCGGGCUAGGAAAAAUUAGUUCUUUUGUUAAUCAAGUAGUAGAAAAGGAGUUACAGCAGUUAAUGCAAGUGGAAAGAAAGGAAAAAGAGCAAUUAAAAGAACAGCUCAUUAAAGAUUAUCAAACCCAAGCCAAAAAUAAAAAACUCCAAAAAGAAUUGAAAUCCAUAGAAGAAACCCAAUUUGAAGACUUAAACGAUGAACUAUGCAACAGUGUAGCCAUGAUGACGACAGAUGACUUAGAAAAUGUUAAAUUGUUCGAAGUUUUUAUCCAAAAUACUCCGGAAACGGGCUUAGAUGAACCUAGUAAAAUAGUUCUCAACAAUCCCUUUACUAUUUUUAAGGAAUUACGACUAGAAAAGCAUUUGGGAGUAGUUAGCAGGGAAGUUAUGGAGAAAGUAAAAAUAGCCUGA